GAUUUGCCGAAAGUUACUGAUCUAUAGAAUUCCCAUCACUGUAUAUGCUGUAUACUUGUGUAUACUCCGGUAUACAUACUGACAUUGUUGAGAUAUCUUGUUCUAAGAAGGAAUCAAAUAUUUUUACAAAUGGAUAUUGGUGAAUUACUCUCCUACAAACCACCAAAUACCCCAAAAAGACCAAUUGCAGGAGAAGAUGAUGAUGAAGAUGAAUGGGAAAAUGCUAAGAAACCAAAAAGGGUAAUCAAAACUCCUUAUCACCCACGUCAAAGACAGGCAAAGGAAGUUGAAGUUACACCAGUUAGAAGUAGUGAACCUCCUACACCUAUUAGAGCUGCAUUACCAUCACCAGCAAAUGAUGUGGUUGAACCACAGUUGACAGAAAAAGAGAAGCAAGAUAUUCUGAAAUAUGUAGAAACAGAAGCACCUGAAGUAGAAGCAUUAGAUGAAGCAACACUUAAAAGAAUGAUCUUAUUAUUUGAGAAAAGAGCACUCAGAAAUCAAGAAAUGAGGGUAAAGUUUCCUGAUCAACCAGAAAAAUUUAUGGAAUCAGAAGUAGAAUUACAUGAAACACUUCAAGAGCUUCAUGUUGUUGCUACUAAUCCAGAUCUUUAUCCAUUGAUGGUAGAGUUAGGUGCUGUUCCUUCUCUGCUUGAAUUACUAUCUCAUGAGAACACAGAUAUAGCAGUUGGUGUUGUAGAUCUUUUACAAGAAUUAACAGAUGUAGACAUUUUACAUGAGAGCCAAGAAGGUGCAGACACACUUAUUGAUGCUCUACUAGAGCAACAAGUCUGUGCUCUUCUUGUACAAAAUUUAGAAAGAUUGGAUGAAUCAGUCAAAGAAGAAAGUGAUGGUGUUUAUAAUACAUUAGCUAUUUUUGAGAAUCUUUUAGAAUUUAGGCCUGACUUAUGCAUUGAUGCAGGAAAACAAGGAUUGAUGCAGUGGUUGUUAAGAAGAAUCAAAACAAAAACACCAUUUGAUGCUAAUAAACUUUAUGCUAGCGAACUUUUGUCUAUUCUUUUGCAAAGUACACCAGAAAACAGGUUACUUCUUGGUGAACUUGAUGGAAUUGAUGUGCUACUGCAACAAUUAGCAUAUUAUAAACGGCAUGAUCCUCAAACCGCUGAAGAACAAGAAAUGAUGGAAAAUUUAUUUAAUGUACUAUGUUCAAGUCUAAUGGCAACUGUAAAUAGAGAUAGAUUCUUAAGAGGAGAAGGACUACAACUUAUGAAUUUAAUGCUACGAGAAAAAAAAAUGUCAAGAAAUGGUUCUCUUAAGGUAUUAGAUCAUGCAAUGAACGGUCCAGAUGGCAAAGAUAAUUGCAGCAAAUUUGUGGAUAUUCUUGGAUUAAGAACUAUAUUUCCUUUAUUCAUGAAAACACCAACAAAAAAUAGGAAAAGGAUGCUAACUGCAGAAGAACACGAAGAACAUGUAGUGUCAAUUAUAGCAAGUAUGUUAAGAAAUUGUAAAGGGCAACAGCGUCAAAGAUUAUUGAGUAAAUUUACUGAAAAUGAUUACGAGAAAGUCGAUAGGUUGAUGGAACUUCAUUUUAAAUAUCUUGAGAAAGUGGAAGAAGUUGAAAAAAAUACAAAAGAAGAUGAAGAUGAAGAAGAAUCGUACCUGAGAAGGUUAGACGGCGGGUUGUUUAUUUUGCAAUUAGUGGAUUAUGUAUUAUUAGAAGCGUGUACUGGUUGUCCACCACAAGUGAAACAGCGAGUUACGCGAAUUUUAGCUCAAAGAAGGGCGUCCCUUAAAACUAUUAGGCACAUCAUGAGAGAAUACGCUGGGAAUCUUGGCGAUGCCGGCGAUUCAGAAUGGAGAGAAACAGAACAACAACAUAUAUUGCAAUUAAUCGACAAAUUUUGAUGUAGAUUUUUCAGUGAAAAUUUAAAAAAACUGAAUUUCUUCACUAUUUUUAAAUUUUUAUCAAAAGUAAUAGCCUCGUUUGACAUUAAUUCUUAAUAAGAAUGUAAAAUACAUGAUAUGACAUUUUUUUUAUAUGUAGGAACUACAAAAAAUUUUGUAAAAAAAAUUAAAUGUGUCUGUUACAUAUUAACUGUUAUUUAACUAUUUGAAGUAUGUGCUUUAUCAAACUAUACAUUGAUCAGUUGUUUUAUUUGUAGUGUAAUUCUGUGUUAAUUAGUUCAUAUUACUCCAUUUGAUUAUUAAUGCUAUGGUGUUCAAUAGCACAAAACUUGACUGAAAAUUUAUUGUUGGUUCAUAUCAAAGUAUUUUCCAUUCGCUAAUGAAAUAUUUUAGAAAGAUAUCGUAGAUCUAUGUUAAUAAAAUGGGUGAAGAUAAA